UUUUUUUAAGGAUAUAAUUGCAAUAUGGAACUCCCAAAUUAAAUUAUAUCUUGUUAGAUCUGUAAAACAAUCUCAAAAGAUGAAAUUCAAAUAUAUAAGACUCUGAUCUGAUAAUGCAAUACAUUACACAUUCAACGAAAUUCCAUUAUCGGCUGAUACAUAUAUGAAAAAUGUGUGUAUAAAUACAGCGGGUUUGCGUAUUGCAAUGCGCAUUUUGAAGAUCAAGCAGAAUGAAAGUGCUACAAAUAUUCAUAGUUUACUUGGCGGUUUCGCUAGCUCGAAGUUCCCAUAAUGAGUUAUACGAAGGAAGCGGUGGUGGGUCCUACGAAGAAGGAGUUUUUCAUGGAUCAAGCAGGCCAAACCACUUAGGGGGCUGGCCACGUCCGGUACAUUGGAACCGCCCGGGAUCCUGGCAACAUGCGGGAAGCUGGCAGGGACCAGGAGGCUGGAACAAUCCCGGUCCCUGGCGAAGUCCUGGAGAUUGGAACCAUCCCGGCCCUUGGCAAAAUCCUGGAGGCUGGAGCCACAACAACCCCGGUCCUUGGCGAAAUCCCGGACAUUGGAACCAUCCGGAUAGACUUCCUCCUGGUUACUCUGGUGGGCAAAAUCCCGGUGCUGGAUAUCCAGCUGGCCACCAUCCUUUCGGUGGAUCCCUAGGAAUCGGAAAACCGGAUACUGUUAGUGAAAGACCCAGCAAUGGAAAUAGCGGUGGUGAAAAUUCCGAUAGUGCCGGGCGCGGACAGACCAGCGGAAAUAUUGGCAGCAAGUACGAGAUCAUUGACUUGAAGGCCUCAUCAUUUUAAAUAAUAAAUUCGGUUGGUGGGAGUCGAACUAAGAAUUUUCAGCAUUAAAAAUGAAGUAACAUUAUAUAAAAAAUGUAACGAAAAUAUCUUUUAAUAUAGUACACUUGGCAAAUAA